AUGCGCAAAUUGCGGCUAAUUCCGAUGUUGACUUUCAUGACAGUAACGUCUUCACUUAGUCCCUUUUGGCACAGUGCCGUCUUUCUGCGCCGACAACAAUUGGCCUUGUGUGGGCAGAACUUAAUCUUGUAUAAUUAUCAUGUCGCGGAAUCUGUUCUUAUCUCACUCUGUUCCUAUCUAUCUAUGUAUCUAUCUAAGUCUAUUUUUUCUUUCUUCCUUUCUUUCUAUCUAUCUGUCUCAGUCUGGAUCUAUCUAUCUAUCUAUCUAUCUAUCUAUCUAUCUAUCUAUCUAUCUAUCUAUCUAUCGCUUUUUGACAUUUGCAUCAUUUAUGACUUGACUUCUACUUCUUCUUCUUCUUCUUCUUCUUCUUCUUCUUCUUCUUCUUCUUCUUCUUUUCUCCUUCUAGUCGUCCUCCUCCUUCUUUUCUUCUUCGUCGUUGUCCUCUCUUCUCCUUUCUUUCUUCUCGGCGUCCUCCUCCUCCUUCUUCUCGUUGUCAUCCUACUCCUUUUUCUUCUUCUUCUUCUUCUUCUUUUCUCUCCUUCUAGUCGUCCUCCUCCUUCUUCUUCUCGUUGUCCUCCUACUCCUUUCUUCUUCUUGGCGUCCUCCUCCUCCUUCUUCUCGUUGUCAUCCUCCCUCCUUUCUUCUUCUUCUUUCUCUUCUUCUUCUUCUUCUUUUUCUUUCCUUCUAGUCGUCCUCCUCCUUCUUCUUCUCGUUGUCCUCCUACUCCUUUCUUCUUCUCGGCGUCCACCUCCUCCUUCUUCUCGUUGUCAUCCUACUCCUUUCUUCUUCUUCUUCUUUCUUCUUCUUCUUCUUCUUCUUCUUUCUCUCCUUCUAGUCGUCCUCCUCCUUCUUCUUCUCGUUGUCCUCCUACUCCUUUCUUCUUCUCGGCGUCCUCCUCCUCCUUCUUCUCGUUGUCAUCUCCUCCUUUCUUCUUCUUCUUUUCUUCUUCUUCUUCUUCUUCUUCUCUUUUUCUCUCCUUCUAGUCGUCCUCCUCCUUCUUCUUCUCGUUGUCCUCCUACUCCUUUCUUCUUCUCGGCGUCCACCUCCUCCUUCUUCUCGUUGUCAUCCUACUCCUUUCUUCUUCUUCUUUCUCUUCUUCUUCUUCUUCUUCUUCUUUCUCUCCUUCUAGUCGUCCUCCUCCUUCUUCUUCUCGUUGUCCUCCUACUCCUUUCUUCUUCUCGGCGUCCACCUCCUCCUUCUUCUCGUUUCGUCCUCCUCCUUCUUCUUCUCGUUGUCCUCCUACUCCUUUCUUCUUCUCGGCGUCCUCCUCCUCCUUCUUCUUCUCGUCGUCAUCCUACUCCUUUCUUCUUCUUCUUCUUCUUCUUCUUCUUUCUCUUCUUCCCGUCGUCCUCCUCCUCCUUCUUCAUCUUCUUCUUCUUGUCCUCCUAUACCUUCUUUCUUUCCUUCUUGUCCUCCUCCUCCUCCUCCUUCUCGUCGUCGUCCUACUCCUUUCUUCUUCUUCUUUUUCUUCUUUUUCUCGCCUUCCUCCUCUUUCUUUUUCUUCUUCUCGUCCUCCUCCUUGCUUCUUCUUUUUUUCUUCUCUCUUCUCGUCGUCCUUUGCCCCUUUUCUUCUUCCUCUUCUUCUUCUUCUUCCGAUUCCUCCUCCUCCUCCUUCUUAUUCUUCUUAUCGUCCUUCUCAUCCUUUCCUCUUCUUCUUCUUCUUCUAAAACAUUACGUCUCUCUCUCUCUCUCUCUCUCAGCACUCUUCCACAUUUACCUCUCACUUAUCCUCUUCGUUUCUUCAGCACCGGAACAGACCCACUCAUACAGACCCCGCUUUCUACACUGCUUUCUCCCUUCACACAAAUGCGGUUAUCUAUCUAUCUAUCUAUCUAUCUAUCUAUCUAUCUAUCUAUCUAUCUAUCUCUUUGUUUACUUUCUGUCUUUCUUAAUCUAUCUAUCUAUCUAUCUAUCUAUCUAUCUAUCUAUCUAUCAGUCUGUUUAUAUCUAUCUAUCUUUCUCAGUCUGUUUCUAUCUAUCUAUCUAUCUAUCUAUCUAUCUAUCUAUCUAUCUAUCUAUCUCUUUGUUUACUUUCUGUCUUUCUUAAUCUAUCUAUCUAUCUAUCUAUCUAUCUAUCUAUCUAUCUAUCUAUCUUAG